AUGAAGCAGCAAUCCAGCAAAGCUUGGCGUCGCCCACUGGACAAAAACGAAGCAGAAAAGCUCGGCGUCACCCACUGGACAAAAACGAAGCAGCAAUUCAGUAAAGCUCGGCAUCACCCAUUGGACAAAAACGAAGCAGCAAAGCUCGACGUCGCCCACUGGACAAAAAUGAAGCAGCGAGAUAAAGUCAACACAUUUUGUGAGUUGAAUGAGAUCCCAGUGCCGGAUAUGAAAGACAAUUGUUUAAUUGGUGGUCGUAGUAGACGUAGAAGGCAAGUCAUCACCAAUUUGCAUUAUUAUCGUGUGGAGAUUUUCUAUCAAGUUGUUGAUUCAGUUAUACAAGAGAUGAAUACUCAUUCUUCAAAAGUUGGCACAGAAUUGCUUAGUUGUAUAGCAUGUCUUCAUCCAAGAAAUUCUUUUUCUGAAUUCAAUGUUCAGAAACUUGAUCCAAAUUUUUUUGGAAUUGAAGAUUUGGGGAGUUUUACUCAGAAAAUUGUUGAAACUCUAAAAAAUCAAGCUUAUCCAUUGGUUUAUCGUCUGAUUGAGAUGACAUUAGUUUUACCAGUUGCGACCGCUUCUGUUGAAAGAGUAUUUUCUGCGAUGAAGAUGAUAAAGACUGAUUUACGAAACAGAAUGGGAGACGAGUGGAUGGAUGACAGUCUAGUUGUAUACAUCGAGAAAGAUAUCUUUUCAACAAUUGAAAAUGAGCAAAUAUUGUAG